AUGCAUUACUGGGUUAGAGCUAAUUUUUCUGAUUUCGCCGGAACCCCUCCGCAACGUCGCAGUGGUCACUCCGCUGUUAAUAUCGGGAAAUCCAAGGUUGUCGUGUUCGGAGGCCUAGUCGACAAGAAGUUUCUCAGUGACAUCGCUGUCUAUGAUAUUGAGGCCAAGCAAUGGUUUCAGCCUGAGUGCACUGGAAGUGGUUCAGACGGGCAUGUGGGUCCCAGCCCUCGGGCUUUCCAUGUUGCCGUUGCCAUCGAUUGUCACAUGUUCAUUUUUGGUGGUCGUUUUGGGAGUCAAAGGUUGGGGGACUUUUGGGUUUUGGAUACUGACAUAUGGCAAUGGUCUGAACUAACUGGUUUUGGUGACUUGCCAUCCUCGCGAGAUUUCGCAGCAGCUUCAGCUGUUGGAAACCGGAAAAUUAUUAUGUAUGGUGGAUGGGACGGAAAAAAGUGGUUAUCUGAUGUUUAUGUCUUGGAUACUAUUUCCCUCGAGUGGAUGGAGCUCUCAGUUUCUGGCACUUUGCCACCCCCUAGAUGUGGACAUACUGCCACAAUGGUUGAAAAACGGUUGCUUGUUUAUGGUGGAAGAGGAGGAGGUGGACCUAUUAUGGGUGAUUUAUGGGCAUUGAAGGGCCUCAUUGAAGAAGGUCAGGUGCUAAAAGGAUACUUGGUCAGGAAAGAAAAUGAAGCACCUGGGUGGACUCAAUUAAAGCUUCCAGGUCAAGCACCUUCUCCUCGAUGCGGCCAUACAGUUACAUCUGGUGGACACUAUGAGUUUAGAAAUGUCUCAACUACUUCUAGUUAUGGAUUAAAUGUGAUUGUCCUCUGUGCACCUUACCUUGAUAGUUUAAGGUUACUUAAGUUUAAAGAGCUGCAGAAAAACUUGUUUAUUUCUGCGGGAUAUAGGAUUUCCUUUAUAAGGAUUUUACAGUUAUUGAUGUUUGGAGGGCAUGGGACUGGUGGAUGGUUGAGUCGUUAUGAUAUCUAUUACAAUGAUUGCAUUAUAUUAGACAGAGUUUCAGCACAGUGGAAGCGGCUAUCCAUAGGCAAUGAACCCCCUCCUGCUAGAGCAUACCACUCCAUGUCAGUUGUUGGUUCCCGGUAUCUGCUAAUUGGUGGUUUUGAUGGGAAAACAACUUAUGGUGAUCCGUGGUGGUUAGUCCCUCAAGAGGACCCAAUUGCAAAUAGAUUAACUGCAUCUCCACCCAGAAAUAUUCCUGAAAGUAAGGAUGUUGAUUCUUUUACUGAUGAUUUUCAACCUCAAUUCAAGGAAAGCCAAACAGAGAAAUUUCCUUUCACUGAAUUGCAAAGACGAUUGCAAAUAUCAGUUUCAGCAUCCAAUUCCAGGCUUGAGAUUGUAAAUGAGCUGGAAGAUAAAGAGCUACUUGAAUUAGCAUCGAGAUUAGCAGGUGAAAAUGUUUCUACAAAUUCACUGGCGAUUGAAGCUAUUCGUAAACACUGGAGAAAGUCUGAAUCAAAUAUGGUUAAACUCAAAGAGCUUGGACCAUUGCUUCGGGAUUACCAACGUCUGAUAUACAGGCACUAUCUAGAAAGGACUGCAUCUGCCCAGCAACCUGGAUUUGGUGAACAAGUGAUGCAUCAAUUUUACCAUGUCAAAAAUGCUACUCAGUUGCGGAUGGACGAUAUUCCAAAACUUUUGGCAGAGUACAAACAGCUACCUAUAUGA